UCAACUUCUCCCGACGAAUUCGGUCUUGACGCGAUUACGUAAUCGAACCUCCGUGACGGAUCUCUUCCGUCGCGCAUUUCCGCUCUCAGGCUAGUCUCCUUAUCAGUUAGUGAACAAUGGCAGGCAGACUGUUUGCGAGUCGCUUGCGACCUGUCGUUCAAGUCCAAAGAUGCGGGCUGAUGACCAUGGAGAAGGUUGGUAACAGGGAUGUGGUGGGCUUCGGAUACAAUGGCGAACCCACUUACUUGGACAGAGUAGACUUCCCUUGCCCUGCGGUACGCUGGAAGGAAAACAGCUCUGAUAUCAUGGCGUUGAGAGAGAAGGAGAAGGGAGACUGGAAGAAGCUGUCGAUCGAGGAGAAGAAGGCUCUGUAUCGCGCGAGUUUCCGCCAGACGUUCAGCGAGAUGGACGCGCCGACAGGAGAAUGGAAAGGCAUCAUGGGAAUGGCCCUGCUGGUAGUGAGCGCUGGCAUGUGGCUGUAUCUGUACUUUAAGGCAUUCGCUUAUCCACCCUUGCCUGAAACAUUCUCGCUAGAAAGACGAUUGGCACAGUUAGACCGUAUGAAGAAGCUCGACAUGAAUCCGAUUGACGGACUCUGCGCCCGAAAGUAGAAUAGCGACUGAGCAAAUUAAAUUUACUCUGCUAUUAAUUACUUAGUAUCAUUAUGUACAGUAUCUCGUUCUGUGGGCGCUUGUAUAUAUGUACAAGUGGCGAAUUUUUAAUAAAUGCCAUGUGGUUACAUUAGAGCGCUAUUAAUAUAUUAAA